AUGGAUGAUGUGGUUUAUUUUAUUUUUAUUAGGAUUUCUGACAGGGAAGACAGGGGUAACGUUGCAACUGUAACCCAGCAAAGGCGUCACCAGCCAGUCUUCAAGCCUGAUGUGGUGAGGAUUCACACGGAGAGAGAAGCGUAUCCCACGGACACGGUCGUCACGUUCCUGGCCCUGCCGUCGGAGGGCGGUCCUCGGGAGUUCCUGUGGAACUUUGGAGAUUCUCGCCCCAUCAGAACGACCUCGCCUACCGUCUCCAGGAUAUACCGCACACCUGGCAGGUACAUCGUGGUGGUGACGGCAAGCGACGGUGUGACCUCCGUGACCUCUGACCCUCUCCACCUGGUGGUCCAGACAGCCGUGCGUCCCAGCAGGCUGGAGCACCUGCCCUCGGUGGUCCAGAACCACAGCCUGGUCUUCAGCUGCAGGACCCGCACCGGCACCAACAUCACCUACAGCUGGAGCUUCGGGGACGGAGAGAGCAGGACGGGACAGAGCACGGAACAGCACACCUUCUACAGGACGGGAGUGUUUAGGGUGGAGGUGACCAUGUCCAACCUUGUCAGCUCCGCCUCCCUGCGGGGGGAGGUGUUCGUGGUGGUCCGGCCCUGCCAACCCCCGCCUGUGAAGAACAUGGGUCCUCUCAACACACAGGUGAGGAGGGAUCAGAAGUUGCGUCUGAGCGUGACGUUGGAGACGGAGGUGCAGUGUGACGUGUCCCGGGGUCUGGGGUACCACUGGACGGUGCGUGACCCCGGGGGGCUGGUGGUCCCCCUGCCAGGCGUGGACCCUCUCCGGCAGAGCCUGACCCUGCCCACACACACCCUGCUGUAUGGCACCUACAACGCCGUAGCCAGGGUGAGUGUUGUGGGCAGCGUGGUGUACAGUAACUACAGCGUGCGUGUGGAGGUGCUGCCCUCCCCCCCAGUGGCCUUCAUCCUGGGGGGCACCAACGUCUUUCUGGCCCGUGGGAACGUCAGUGCCUUGGCCCUGGACGGACACCGCUCCUACGACCCUGACCAGCCUGCUGGUGCUCUCAGCUACAACUGGAGCUGUAAGCCAAUCAGCUCCAUCGACAGCUCCUGUUUUGACCAACCGGUGGACACCUCCUUGCCCGUGCUGCUGUUGCCGGGCGGAGCUUUGAAGCAAAGCUUCGACCAGUUCCGGUUCACCCUCACGGUUAGCAGCGGGGAACGCUCUGCCUCCUCGGACACCUUCGUCACGGUAACACCACACCUGUCCAGGAGAGUGUGGAUGAACUGUUCCCUGUGUCAGGGAGACCGGCUGAACUGGGACCAGGCGCUGUCUGUCCGGGCGGGGUGUGAAGGCUGUGGCCUGGACCCUGUGCUUUACUCCUGGACCCUGUUCCUGGUCAACGCCACCAGUAAGGUGCAGAUAGACGUCCCUUUCUGCCAGGUUGUUGAUCUCAUUUUCCCGUCCACCAUCAUAUCGGACCCUCCGGUUCUCUCUCCUUCUUCAGACACCCCAGACUCCUCCUCUCAGCACUUUGGCCAGAGUGACAUCCUGGCAGAGUUCCAUCUGGGUUCCGACCUUCUGGAAGAUUCUAACUUUCCCUUCGCUGUCCUGGAGAGUUCAGAUUACGACGUUCCCUUCCUGGGUAUAGAGGAGGGAGAGUCAGCAUUAUCAGAAGGCAGACCCACAGGGGGGACCAGCGAGAGCUCAGGGCCGGGGGCGGAGCCAGGCCCCGGGCUGGGGGCGGAGCCAGGCCCCACCGGCCCAGGAUGGAGGGAGGAUGAGGGGAGCAACCUGGUGGAGGCUGGCCCCUCCCCCCUGGUCCCUCCCCCCACUCUGCUGGACCUGCCCAGAGAGCAGGUAGAGCCUGCUGUGUUCCAGUCCUACACCCACACAGGAACCUCUUCCCCCCAGCUCCUCCUGAAGCCCUACAGUCUGAAGGCAGGCAGCAGGUAUCUGCUGGAGGUGUCAGCCCACUCCCAGGAUGCAUUGCUUGGGCGGACUCAGCUGUUCCUGGGGACCAAUCCCGUGCCCUCGGGGCUGAGCUGUCAGGUUCAGCCCAGCACAGGGGUGGAGAUGGACACACCCUUCAGCAUCUUCUGCUCCUCCGGGAGAGAGGAUCUCCAGUAUGCAUACAGCUACAGUGUAGCUGACGGGCCCAGACACAGUCUUUAUGAGGGCCGGGACUUCCAGUUCUACUUCAGCCUUCCUGCUGGAGACCCUGGGGAUGGUUAUAAAGUUCACGUCCACACCAUGGUGAGGAGCAUGCUGGGAGCAGCAACCAGACCUUGCUCCGUCACCGUCAGAGUUCAGCCCCGCCUCUUCAGAAGCCCCGCCCACAACCCCGACCUCCACCUGUAUGAGUCAGGUGUGAGGAACCUGUCAGUGCUGGUGAUGCUGGGAGGACGUGUGGAGCUCCGUAACUAUGUGGUGCUGCUGUCCAGCGUCCUGACCCGCCUCAGCAGGGAUCCUGACGCCAACACACACACGCUCACACACACGCGCUCCGCGCUCAUCUCUGCUGUGUGUGAGCUGGAAAAUAGUGACCAGGAGUCUCUGAUGGAGAACAUCGACAUGCUGACAGAAUUGAUGCAGCUCCCUGAACAGGUGACGCUGGCCCGAGCCAGACAGGUGAUGAGUCACAUCCGGGUCAUCUCUCACAGCUGGGCUGAGCCCAGCCAGCCUGCUGCUUUCCUGCUGGACCAGAGGGCCAUUAACACUUUGGUGACCCUGCUCACCUACAGCCUGCAGGCCUCGGCCACUGGUGAUGAUGUCACGUCCAGCAGUACUGGAUCUGGCUCUGAGGAGCAAGCGGUUAGACUGACGUCAGACUGUCUGCAGACUGCUGCUGAACUACUGCUGAAGUACGUCCUCUCCAGCAGGCUUCAUGAUCACCAGCUCAGCACCAGACUGAUGGAUGUUCAGACCACUGUCCACCCUCACGGGCUCCAGCUCUCUGUCCUCAGUGACAGCUCAACCACCUUCCACCUGCCGGCCUCGCUGGGUGGGCGUCUGGACGGGGGGAGGGAGGGGGGGGUCUCUGAGGGGGGGGCCCUGGAUGGAGGCCCCCACUGUGUGUUGAGUCAGCUCACCACGUUCAGACACAACCCCUGGGCUACUGUACCUGCACAGCUGUCCGGGCCAGCUGAUCUGAGUUUCUACAGCUGUACCACCAGGAGGAAGAUAUCCACACGCCUCGUCUCUCAACCAAUCAACAUCCAGUUCCACAACACACCCAGCAACGUGUCUGGGACCAAGCACUCUCUCCUGAUUGGCCACAUCAACUACCACAGCUUCAACAUUACCCAGCAGCACCUUUGGCAGGCUGUCCGGGUGUCUGUGGAGUUCAGCCGGACAGAGAGCAGCACCUUCCCCGUCCUGCUCUUAGUCAGGUUGUUUGAGAGGCCCAGCCCCAGCCAGUACCAUCUUCACCAGACAUACAAGUGGGAAGGAACCAACACACACAUCAUUCUGCCCCCUUCCUAUCUGAACACUCUAGGGACAGGCUAUGUGGCACUCUUGAACGCAGACUACAGCAGGGGCCCCCGACAAGGCCCCCCAGGCAGCCAGGUGGACUACAAGCUGAGCCUGAGGGCCAGCCAGUGCUUGUCCUUGACCCCCCAGGGGCCCUGGACGCCCCAGGGCUGCACCACCCAGCUGGGGGCCCCUCACACCCCCGUCAACUGCAGCCCUGCCAGAGACCUGACUGUGGUGUGUGUGUUGGUGGUGUGCGUGUGUGUGUACGCUGUGCUUCUGCUUGUGUGUGGAAGGACAUGCUGUGAGGACGAACAGGAAGUUGUCGUGCUGUGGGACAACCCCUCGUCUGACCGCCAGCUCUACGCUGUGACGGUUCACACCGGACUCUGCUCCUCACGAGAGAUGUCUGCCAGGGUUUAUAUAGUACUGUAUGGGGACGAAGGGGCCUCGCUGACCAGAGAACUACAUGACCCACAGUGCACUCUGUUCAAACCCAACUCCAGGAAUACAUUCAUACUGAGUACGGCAGAGGCUCUGGGGCUGCUAUGGGGGGUGUACCUGUGGCAUGAUGACUCUGGCUCCGCCCCCAGCUGGUACCUGUCCCAGGUGGAGGUCUGUGAGGUGGUGGAGGGGUGGGCUGGUGGGCGGAGCUGGGUGUUCCCAGCCCAGUGCUGGUUGGCUGGAGACCAGGGUGAUGGACAGGUGGAGAGGCGACUGAAGGUGUGCACCCAGGGGCUAGGAUUCACCACGUUGCUGUGUCUGAAGUUAUCGGAGUACCUGAGUGACUUCCACUUGUGGGUGUGUGUGUUCACCCGGCCGACCCCCAGCGUGUUCUCACCCUCGCAGCGUGUGAGUGUGUGUAUACUGCAGCUGCUGGGCCACGUGUGUGUCACCACGCUGCUCGUGUCACCCCAGGACGACCUGUACACACUAGAGCUGGGGCUUGUCGACAUGUCCACGGAUUCCCUUGUGACGGGGAUGAUGAGCGUGCUGGCAGUGUUGCCCGUGGUAACAGCGGUGUCCUUCCUGUUCCGGAGUCGUGAGGUCAGACAGGAGGGGUCAGAGGUCAUCGAGGACGUGAGCAGAUCUCCGGACAAUAACGGAGUUGAAGGUGUUGAAGUUCAGGAGGAACUUCCUCCAGGCCCUCCAGAGGGCCCCCCAGAGGGCAGUCCUGGCUGGAGCAGGGUGUGUGAGGGUCCAGGCAGCUCCCAGCUCAACAGACCAGGAAGGCUGAGGGCCUCUCCCUGCUGCUUCCACUCCCUGGCGUGGGCCCUCUGCCUGCUGCUGGCCGUGGCCUACGUGGGGGUCAGCGCUGCUCUGGGGGUCAGGUUCAGCAGCAGUAAGGUUCUUCUGUGGAGUCACUCCCUGUUCUGUGCUCUGCUGCUCUGCUCCGCCCUGGUCCAGCCUGGUCUGAUCUUCAUCGUAGCUGCAGGAGUCUCCUUCUGGUACAGGAACAGACCCGAUUACCUCACUCCUUUCCGGUACAGGAAGAGACCUGAUGACCUCACUUCCAUCCAGUACAUGAAGAGACCUGAUGACCUCUCUUCUUUCGGCAUCUCCAACGUGGAAGUGCUGGCGGCCCGUCAGAGAGCUCGGUUCCUGCGUCUGGUGCGGCCUCCGACCCCAAAAGAGCUUAGGAGGAGAGGACGGCGGAGGAAGAGGGACACACUCAUACAGAACACACUCCGGGAGGUUUGUGUGUGGGCCUCCAUGCUGCUGCUCCUGCUCUGCAUCGCGUCCGGAAGGUUCUCCAGAGACCAGAACCGCCUCAACACAGCCAUCAGGACACACUUCACCAGGGGUUCGUCUCAUCCACUCUUAUCGGUCAGAACCCCAGAGGACUGGUGGAACUGGUCCCAGACCAGCCUGCUGGAUGGAUUAUACUGGGACAACACGGCCUCUGCCUCUGGAGCGGCUGGGCUGUUGCAGGGAUCGUGCGUCCUGAUUGGACGGCCCGUCUUGACGAAGAUCACAGCGUCGCACUCCGCCUAUUGCCAGUGGCCCUCCAUGAUGGCUGGCCUGCUUCCUGGCUGCCUACCUGGCAACCGCAACAGAGGAGCCAAAUGGCCAGCUCACAGCCCCACUCCAGUAUUCCCUCCUGUGAUUGGUCCUCCUCUCUGCGGCCGUCAUGGCUGCCAGAUUAGCCUCGGCCGCAAAAGGGUGGGGGCUGAGGCCAGGCUGGAAGCUCUGAGGUCGGACGGCUGGGUGGAUGGAGGUACGGUGGCUCUGGAGGUCCAGUUCACCCUGUACAGCCCCGGGCCGUCCCUCGUCACCAGUGUGAGCCUGCGGGCUAGGAGGGGCCCCCAGGGGGCGCUGGUGCCCUCGCUCCACACCCAGUCCUCCAGACUCCUCCACUCUCCCACAGCGUGGGACUACGUCCUCAUGGGUUGCCAGCCCUUCCAGCUGGUCUUCCUCCUCCUCUCUCUGCUGCAGCUCUACCUUCAGAUCUGCUCUAUCUGGAAGAAAGGCAUGCUGGGAUACUGGAGGGUCCCCUGGAACUGGCUGGAGGUGGGAAAAUCCAAACACACACAAUAUACAUAUAUACAGUAUGUACAUGUAUUACGUGAAUAUAUACACACACAUAUCCUAGAAUGCCAUCACCAGGUUCAACAGUAUCAGGCAUGUUUGACCUUGUUGUUUGUCCUACUCGGUCACUGUAACCCUAUACUGGCAGGUAGAGAUAUGUGUGUGUGUGAUCAGGCUGUGUCCCUCUGUCCCCAGGUCAGUAUAAUCCUGACAGCUGUAAUGUUCUCUGGUCACCACGCCUGUCUGACCAGCCACUCCCUGGAGGUCACCCACCUGCUGCUGGGACAUGACCGCAAACACGUCAACCUCAGCUCUCUGUCCUGCUGGGAGCAGCAAAGCCGCAGCCUUCAGGGUCUGCUCCUCUUCUUCCUCACGAUGAAGAGCAUGUUUGUGUUCAGACGGACCCGAGUGAUGAUGACCUCCGUGUCUCUGCUCUCAGACACCUUCUCCUGCCUGCUUUGGCCCACGGUGAACACACAACGACCUUUCACCUUUGCCCUCUGUGACCCUGUGCCAGGCAUAAUGUCAAGUAGCCAUGUCUCAGCCACCAGGAACAAUGAGAACUUCUCAACCCUAACAUCACCUCACAAUACAGCUUUCUGUCUGUGUCAGAUCUCUGGGGCUGUCCUGUUGGUGGCGCUGUUCAGCAUGAGCAACCUUCUGCCCUCCCUCCUCCACACCCCCACCACGCCCUGCCAAGGGGCCCUGUGGCUGGCUGUCUUUCUGGCCUGGUCUGCAAUGGUCACUGGCCUGGUCUCCUCAUUGGUCAGAGCUGCCAGGACGUCCAAUAGGAGAAGGAGUCCUCUGGCGCUGUCCGAGGUCACGGCCUACCUCUGGGAGAGAGCGUCCGUGCUGAUUGGCCGACGCAGGAAGCGGUGCACAGAUGGCCACACCCAGAGAAAAAGCUACUACCUGGAAGAGUUUGAGAGUUUGGUGGAUGAGCUGCUGUUUCGACUGAAUGCCUUCUCCAACAGCCUUCACCACACCCUGCCCCUGAAGAACUACAGAGGGGACAGUGCCUCUCUCCCCUCCUCCCUCCCCUCUAGUCCCCCCACCCAGGGCUCACAGGUAGCUGCAUUCCCAUCCAAGCUGCUGGCAGAGACCCCUGGGAGCUGGAGGGGAGCUGGAGGGAGAUCCGGCCAGGACGUGUGGGAGGUCAUCACGCCUCACACCUGGGGAGAGACUGAUUGGAUGGAGAAUCCGACUGUGUAUUGGGAGAACCAGCCCAGCCACGGCUCAGCCUCCAGCCUGGCUGCCUGGAGCCCCAGGACACGGCACCAAGCUGGUGUAGAGGCACCCAGACAGGUCCAUACGGUGGUGGAGGUCCUGGUCCACAGUGGGGAGAGGAGACCCCAACACAGCCAGGAACAGUGA